AUGAAUGUCUCCACACGGGAGAAACCUUAUAAAUACUUGGAGUGUGGAAAGAGCUUCAGAGGAAAGCGCACCCUCCAGCCCGUGGAUCUCAAUGGUGAUGAGAAGGACAAUGGGAAUAAAAAGAAACCAUCCAUCAUUUCCUUGGAAACAGUCAGGCAUGAAGCAGAACAAGAGACCAAAGCAGAACCAGACUGUCACAAGGGAAAUCCAUCAAAGCCUGAGAGAGAAAAAUCACCUGUUUCUCAGAGUCCUGAUUUCCAGGAACAAAUAAUUGAAGAUCAAUUAAAAUUAAGAAAACACUGCUCAGCCCACACAGGGGGAAAUCUAUAUCAGUGCCUAACAUGUGGAAAGAGCUUUAGCAGAAGCAGCAGUCUUAGGAGACAUGAACAAAUCCACACAAGGGGGAAACCAUAUGAAUGCAUGGAGUGUGGAAAGAGCUUCAGCCGAAAUCAGACCCUCAUUAACCAUAGAAGAACCCACACAGGGGAGAAACCAUAUGAAUGCAUGGAGUGUGGAAAGAGCUUCAGUGCUCGUCAAAGUCUUAUUGACCAUCAAAGAACACACACAGGGGAGAAGCCAUAUAAAUGCAUGGAGUGUGGAAAGAGCUUCAGCGGAAAUCAGACCCUUAUUAGCCAUAAAAGAACACACACAGGGGAGAAACCAUAUCAAUGCACAGAAUGUGGAAAGACCUUCAGCUUAACCAGCAGACUUCAUAUACAUCAAAGAAUCCACACAGGAGAGAAACCAUAUAAAUGCACGGAGUGUGGAGAGAGCUUCAGCCAAAAUCAGAAUCUCAUUAAGCAUAGAAGAUCCCACACUGGUGAGAAACCAUAUCAAUGCACAGAUUGUGGAAAGACCUUCAGCUUAAGCAGUAACCUUAGGAUACAUCAAAGAAUCCACAGAGGAGAGAAACCAUAUAAAUGCAUGGAGUGUGGAAAGAGCUUCAGCGUAAGCAGUAGCCUUACGGUACAUCAAAGAAUCCACACAGGGGAGAAACCAUAUAAAUGCAUGGAGUGUGGAAAGAGCUUCAGCAUAAGCACUACCCUUACAGUACAUCAAAGAAUCCACACAGGGGAGAAACCAUAUAAAUGCAUGGAGUGUGGAAAGAGCUUCAGCGUAAGAAGUAGCCUUACAGUACAUCGAAGAACCCAUUCAAGGGAAUAACCAAAAAAAUGGUUAGAGUAUAGAUAGAGCUUCAUUCAUUCAACGACCUUUACUCAACAUCAAAGUACUCACACAACAGUGAAGCCAUAUAAAUCUGAAUAGUGGAAAAAGCUUCAGUGAGAGCUAAGUUCUUACUUUACAUGAAAGAACCCAUACAAGAAUGAAAUUAUUUAAACCUAUACAUUGUAAAAUGAUCUUGUCCAUUUCCAAAAUUAUUUUCAAUAAUGA